GCUGUUGUCACGUGACUUGUUAAUUUAUGACGUGCGGAGCGAGAGCGGGAAAGCUGAGAGCGGCAAUUCAGCGAGGACAAGGAUGAGGCAGGAGGAGGAACAGGAGGUGGAGGAGGAUGGAAUCUUUGGAUGGGGUGGAAAUUCAUCAGGAGUAGAGGAGGGUUGGGGAAUUGGGUUUGACGAGCUGCAGGAUGAGGGGAUUGAAGAAAGCAUGUGGAUGGAGAAUGCCCCACUAGUAGCUACUGAGAGUGAGAAGGAGAUCGGUGGAGCUCAAGUGAUGAGAAUGUCGUCAUUCCAUGAGUGGACAUUAUCGGAUCGGGCCAAUAACUGGUCACCGUCCCACAGUCCAGAGACAGGCUUUGACUGGGCAAUUACAACAACGGUGGCAGCAUCAUCACCAGGGUCAACUAGGUCGAUGAUGGCAGGAACUAUGCUUUGCAAAAAGGAAAUGCAGUAUGGCAAGAACGGAAUGAUGGCCUCGUCCUCCUCUCCUUCGGCCGGGGAUGCUGCCACCUCAUGUGGAGCCUCAGCUGGUGAGCAAUUUCUCGCUUUCGAGCAGGAACGAAGCAACCCUUUCCGCACGGUUACAGUCCACGAUCACAAUCCCCGCCACUACACCCAUAAUUCCAGUCUUCAGACACCUGCAAACUUCAUUGCCACGCUGCGUGGCUGGCUCAACUGCGCGAUAUGCAUGUCGGCAAUGCUGACGAUAGCGUUCAUCAUCCUGUUGCAUAAUCUUGGCUCACCUGGUCUAGGUCCCAUAUACCUGGUCCGAACCACGGAGGUGUUACCCAUGUUAUCUGGCAGCCAAGGUGGCUAUGGAGGCAGCGAACCACUUGACCCUCAGAGCAUGCCAAAUGAUAUGAACCGUACUGAUCUAGAUGAUGAUGAUGAUGGCCAUGGUGAUGAAGCCACGGCAGAUGAGGUACAGGUGGAUGACGAUGCAGAGGCGAUGAAGAAACACCAGAGCGCAGAGAACGUUAAGGAGGGUGAAGAGGGGAAAGAAAAGGAGAAGACAGGGAAGGGAAAGAAGGAGGAUGAGGAAGGGGAGGAGGGGAAUGACCGUGUGGAGGAGGAAAUGAAUACAGACGGGCAGCAUGAGCACCAGCAAGCACAGCCAAUGGUGACAGCUCAAGGGACAAGUGACACCACAGUAACGCCGGCGGUGGCGACAGCGAAGACACCAGUGCCGGCGACUGGUCCCUCGGCGCCGGUCAUGAUUGUGGAAUCAUCGGUCGCAGGAAAGCCUCAUCGGCUCCUGUGGCAACAGACUAAAGACGAUGGUACUCAUGACAACAUAUAUCAUCCAACAGUUCUCCUCCUGCCAACUAGUCGUGGAGCAGAAGGAGAAUCGCGAACGUUCCUGGGGAUUGGUCAUGUACCACCCCAGGACAUCGAUAUAAAGACCGGGAUGUUUGUUCGCGAACCCACUUCCUACUCCGACUCGUCCUCCCAGUCCUCCGGUAGGAGGGGGGCUGCAGAUGACGAAAGUGACAGCGAGGAAACUAAUGACAAUGACCAGGUAUCGGGUACAAAGCUGAAGUGUACAGUGAGAUUGUCAAGCCUAUUAGGGUGCCUGAUGGAGGAGAAGGUGUAUGAAGCUUCUGGAGCACACCAUCUUCGAUGUGUAUCGGAACUGGAGGAACUGUUCACACCAUUGCCGACGAGAUGGGAGCAGUUAAUGAAGAAGGGAUGUACUCCCAAUGUCAGGUCAGAAGGUCCUGAUGGGUUACUGGUGGAGGGAACGGGGGGGGAGGCGGACGGAGAGUACGCGGAGGAUCCUGACGAUGAACUAGAGGACCAGCAGCCUAUUUCUUACGAAGCUGGGCCGGAUGACCCUCGUGCCUUCUGGACUUCAGAUGGUUUGCCAGUCUUGACAUAUGUCCAUUCUCUUUCUGUACAAGGCCGAGUAGUAGAAAGGUCCGUCUGGAUUGCCGACCUACGAGUUGUGCACCCUUCGCUUGCCAGCGUUCUGCCUCCAGCGCUUCGUGUUAAACCAGCUGGAGUAGGGAUGGGGAGAAGGGAGGUAUGGUCUGGUAAUGAGACAGAACUGGAGAACCAGGGUGGCUGGGUACCGAUAGUUCUUCCGAGGACAAUCUUCUAUGCGGGGGUUGGCAAUGGUACACGUAACAACCUGUCCGAAGGUCAUCUUCCUGCAACACCAGCAAAGAACAAAAAUUUAUCAUCGGGUAAUAUCUCGUCCAAAUUUUCUGAGGUAGAGAUGGAGCCUCUGCUCCUGCCACUCCCAGAGGGCGCCUCCCUCUAUUUCAUCACAAAUUUGGAGCGACAUAGAGCCAUUCCUGUUGACGACACUGACGGUAAUAGUGAUAAGGCACAGUUGGGGGAGGAGGAAGAGGUAAAUGUGUCGCCAUAUCCUCCCGAGCCUGAGAGUGGGCUAGAGAUUCCGCCGGGCAGUUCCCAAGGGAGGAAAGUUUCUGCUCCUCCUGCACGUUCUUAUGUAUCGGCUUUUCCUCCUGCUGCCCCGAGUCUGCCGACGGGGAUCCAAAGUUCAUCCGAAGCAGAAGGAAAAAUGCCGUUGUCCUGGAAUGAAACCACGGGCAUGGGUGCCUGCUUUCGUGAGAUGAUGCCGCAGGCAGUUAGCGAGCUUGGCGGCCGGAUCCGCGGCGCGACCAAUGCUCUCAAGCUGACCCUUUGUAAUCGCGGUGAAUGCCAGGCGAAUAGCUCCAAUACUGUCUUCUUCGCCAUUGCGCACAUCGUUCAGUCCAGGCCUCGGGAGUGGGUAUGGCGGUUUGUAACCGUCUGGGACAUCAAUCCUCCUUUCAGGCCUGUCUCUGCAUCUCCGUCUUUCAUGUAUGCUGGUUUACCCCUGGACGAAGCGCUGGUCCUUGAUCAGUCAAUGACUUUCGCGACGACUCCAGCAGUGUCACCUAGCAGCGAGCACAAAGAAGAGCCAGACAGCAGGGAAGCCGUCUCGAUCGUUGAUGACCCUGGUCACGGCUACCUGAGCGAUGACUUGCUGGUUAAUGUUGGGCUGGGAAGAGGAAGACAGAGUAAAAUGAUCUCCUUGAAAGUGCGCUCCUUGUUUCAGUGCCAUCAACUCUGCCCCUCCUCCAUUGUGGCCUCCAGAACAGGUUCUGAGUCAUCGAAGUCAAACACAUCAAAUUCUGUUACUAGCCAGAGCGAAUUCAUUGCGACAACUCUGGAAUUGAUGUGCGCCAAGCGGCCAGCAAGUGGACGGAGCACAAAGCUGUCGCUCUUUGGAGUAUCAGGCUAAAAAUUGAGGUCCCAAAGCCAUUGGAUGGACCAAGAAACCCGAUGUGUGAAGAAAGGGCACGAGGGCAAGGGGAAAAUGCUGGGUCCACUGCCUUUUAGUUCUAAUGGAACAUCAAAACUCCAAGACGAGCGGCCGGGACAAGUUGUCAUUGCUCUUGUGCGU